GGCUUUCACACUGAAUUGGGGAAGUUCAGGUUGAAAGUGGCCCAAGAUUUGGUGGCGCAGAUAGGGUUUAUGGCCGCGAUUACGCGAAUCGCCAGUCCCAAUUCCGAACCACUAACUGGAGGUGGGCGUCAACUGGUCACCCGGUAUGGCCUACUCGGUUGA